AUUACCGUGUCUCCACGAACAUGCGCCUCUAGAUGCAAAUUCUAAAAGGAAACGGAUUGUGCACGGUUUCUGAUGAAAGUAGAAGUUGUGUGUGCGGAGCCACGAUGUCUGACGUGCCCACUAAUAUAAACUCAGUGUUUAUGUCAAUACUCGGGCUGGGUCUGUUGUUCUUACAGUAAAGCUCCCGUGACCUUAUGAUAAGGCUUCUAAUAACAGCUGUUUCAGCCUGAUGAGUUAAAUGAAGGGCGGACUCCAGGCUCCUCAGAACCGGAACGACUUCCUUUUCGAGCAAGGAUCGAACAUCAUACAGGCGAAGUGGCGAACUGGGAUGCACCCAGUGACGGGCAGCAGCUGCACUGGUCCGAUCCGGAGGUUUACCUGAGCACAGGAGGAGGUGAGAGAGGAUGAGGAGAAGAGGGGAGCAGAGAGAGGACAAUGCCACGCUCAUCGGCAUGGAAACAAACCCAGAGAACAACUACGGCAGCAUCUCCAUGAAUGCAGCAGUUCAGCCUAGCAACAGGAAUAUGUUCAGUGAUGGAGCGACUCGAGUCGACUUCGUCUUGGUGUGGGAGGAGGGUAUGAGUGUUACCCCUGCCCACCUGGUGAAGAGGGAGGAGUUUCUGAACAGACUGACACUCUCUGGACUGCUGCAUGAACAGAAGGAAGUUCUCCAGGCAAAGAAGAAGAUUUGUUUUGCCCUGCUUAGUGCUCCUUGGAGUGUCCUCUGCUAUUUCGCUGAGGAGAUCAGUCUGAGAGUCCCUCUGCAGGUGGUCACCACUCCAGUCAUCAACUGGUCUGAGCAGAUCCUGUCCCAGCUGUCCCUCCACAGCCCUCUGUCCCAGGAUGUCCCCAACCCCCCACCUGAUUACUACACCUGUCAGUUCAGGACCAACAAGCUGCAAAGGUUUCUGGGCAGUGACAACAAAGACACGUUCUUCAAGAUGACUCAGAGACACCAAGUGGUGUAUGAGAUUCUGGCCAGGACCCCGUAUGGUUCGGUGGACAAGGGGGAGGUAGGAAUCAACCGAUUGCUGAGUGAGAAUGUCUUCACUGCUGCCUAUCCGUUGCAUGAGGGUGGCUAUCAGCCACCCACUCCGCCAUUUCCCCCUGAGUCUUUAGGUUUGAGACAGAUCCUGUAUGUGUAUUGGGCCCAGUGGUCCUGUUGGAGGCGCUACCAACCUCUGGAUCACAUCAGGGAGUACUUUGGAGAGAAGAUAGCACUUUACUUUGCCUGGCUCGGUUUAUACACUUGCUGGCUGUUACCUGCAUCUGUCGUUGGGACCGUGAUCUUCCUGGUUGGGUUCUGGCUCGUGGCCACUGAUGUUCCAGCGAAGGAGGUGUGUGACAGUGGAAACACCUUCAUCAUGUGUCCUCUCUGCAACAUCUGCUCCUAUUGGAACUACUCCAGCAUCUGUGUCCCCUACAAGGUGGGUCUCCUGUUUGAUAAUGGAGGGACAUUGUUUCUCAGUGUCUUCAUGUCUCUGUGGGCUGUCACCUUCCUGGAGUACUGGAAGAGAAGCUGUGCAGUUCUGUCUCACCGCUGGGACUGCUACGACUUUGAGGAGAUAGAGGAGCGGCCUCGUCCAGAGUUCACAGCUAUGGCGCCACUGACCAUAAGGAACCCAGUGACCGGGGAAGAAGAACCUUACUUUCCUGAAAACAAACGAUUAAAGAGAAUUUUGUCUGGCUGCAUGGCCAUCAUCACCAUGAUUGCUGUGGUGUUGAUAUUCCUCAUGGGCGUCAUUCUGUAUCGCACCAUCCUCAGCAUCAUCAUCUUCAAGUCUAAAAAAAGAUUCUACAUCUUCUCUGCUGAUAAGAUAGCCAGUUUUACAGGAUCACUGUUGAAUCUGCUGGUCAUCCUCAUGUUGUCCAGAGUUUACACUGCACUGGCACGUGUCCUUACCCGCUGGGAGAUGCAUCGCACACAGACCAAAUAUGAAGAUAUGUUCAUCCUCAAAGUUUUCAUCUUCGAGUUCAUCAACUUCUACUCGUCUCCAAUUUACAUCGCCUUCUUCAAAGGCAGGUUUGUUGGUUACCCUGGAAACUACAGCACUCUGUUUGGGGUUCGCAAUGAAGACUGUGGAGCAGGCGGGUGCCUUAUUGAACUGGCUCAGGAGAUGCUGGUCAUCAUGGUGGGAAAACAGCUGAUCGGUAACAUCCAGGAGUUCGCUGUCCCGAAGCUGAAGUCGUGGUGGCAGAGGAGGAAGAUGAAUACUCGGCUGAAGGAGGAUGAAGUCAAGGAGGCUCAUAUGGAGGAGCAGCAGGAGGAAGGGGUCUCUCCCUGGGAGGCAGACUACCAGCUGCUAGAAUGCGAGGGACUGUUCAGCGAGUACCUGGAGAUGGUGAUUCAGUUUGGUUUCAUCACCAUCUUUGUGGCGGCGUGUCCUCUUGCUCCUCUCUUCGCUCUCAUUAAUAACUGGGUUGAGAUGCGAUUGGAUGCUCAGAAGUUUGUGACUGAAUAUCGCCGCCCUGUGGCGGAGCGAGGUCAAGACAUUGGCAUCUGGUUCUCCAUCCUGCAGUUCAUCACCCACACGGCUGUCCUCAGCAACGCAUUCCUCAUAGCAUUCACCUCGUCCAUUGUACCUCGUCUGUAUUAUCGCUAUACCAGAGACAGCACACUGACCGGCUUUAUCAACUUCACUCUGGCAACAUCGCCCCACAGCUACAGCCAGGAACACCAGAACACCACCUGCAGGUAUCUGGGAUUCAGGGAUAAAAAUGGUGAAUAUCUGCCAGAGUACUAUCACCUCCUUGCCAUACAACUGAGUUUCAUCAUCAUCUUUGAGCAUGUGGUCUUCCUCAUUGGAUUUCUGAUCAACAUGAUGGUUCCUGACAUCCCAGAGGAGGUGGAGGUGAAGAUGAAGAGGGAGCGCUACAUGGCUAAACAGGCACUGGCUGAGAACCAGUCUUUGAUGAAUACCAUAAUUCCUGAUGAUAUGGAGUCCCCUUCUAGCAGCAUACGAUGGCGUGGAUCUAGACCCUCACCCUCACAGAGCAACUCCCCCCCAUCAAAUCUGGAGGAGAUCCCUGAGGAAACCGACACACCAGGAAGCUGCUGAGAUGAAGCACACAUGCCCUCUGCUGCAUGUCAUCCUUUACCUCAGUGUCCACAUCUACAUGACUGAGCUUCUGUUUUUGAUCAAUCUCACUGACCGCUCUAAAAACCACUGGGAGAUCUACAAGAACUGUGACCUUUAAGGUCUGAGGAGAACUUUGCAAGACCUACGUCAAUGUAAAUCUAGACGUACAUUGUCAGAUCUAUAAGAACUAUGAGUUGUAAUUCUGGAGCUCAGUUGAAUUAAUUGAUCCACAUGAAUUGAUGCGAGUUGAGGUGGCCAAUAUGCAUACAUAUUCCUGUUAGAGGAUCAGGAAUGAUGUACUGUUAGAAGGUAGAAUUACAAACUGUAGUUUGGUAAGCUGCAGCCCCUUGAAAACAAAAAGGUCUUGUGUUACACUGUUCAGUGAGUACAGUGUAUACAGGGAUACUACAGCUCAACACUGCAGCAGAGUGUAAUGUGAUAUAGGAACAUUUGAGACAUGUACAGUUUUUGACUCGCAUGAAACUUAUCAAUGGUUCUUUGAGCUAAAAAGUAUGAUAUCAAUGCCUAAUGUCUCAAUUCACCAGCAAUCUCAAGAGUAAAAAUCAACUACUGUCACCCCACUCUUAUGUCACACCUGGGCAGUGUUGUCUAAGAGAGAACCAUGUUGUUUACAUGAAAUUUAAUGCUGUUAUAACAAUGCUAGAUAAACAAAGUUACCACCAUCCAACCCACUACUCACAGGAAAUGUGGCUAAAAAGGUUUCACACAAAUUCUCUGGUACAUUCUGACUGUUCAUCAGUAUUACUAACCCGAACACUUAACCUGUUUCUGCUGUUCGGCCUGUAAUACAAGCUACUGUUAGCCACAUUAUUACAUUGCAGCUAAUGUGGCUAGGUUAAACAGGCUAACUUCAUAAACAAGCAGUAAAAUAUUUUAAAAUAGCAACACUUAAAGCAUAAGGAUGUGAGUUAGACUCACUGACUGUUGCAAUAACCAAAAUGGAUCUGAGUGGGAGGAGAAUCUAUGACAUGAAUUGCUGCAUCAUUUCAUAUCAUGUCAUAAAGAGAGACAAAUCUGAACAGCAUGCUUGAUCAGGGGCUUUUUACAAAAGUGGAAAAAGCAAAACAGACAGGGACUUCUCGUUUCUCACGUUUUGUGUGUCUCUACACACCAGAGAUCCAUGUGAAUGUCAGAAAAUGCUCUAAAAGUGAAUUUUGCAUAAUAUGUAACCUUUAAUAGCAAUCUGAAUUUAGAAUUAAUAUGGUGCCCAUGUGACAUUUUAGGGGGCUUUAAUUUUUAAAUUCUACAUCAGAAUGCCCUGAUAAUUUCUGGGUCAUCAUUCAGCUCUAUAAGGACUGAGUUGAGUGCUUCACAUCCUUCCCAGCUUUGUUAGAAUUCUUGUAUUAUUUCAAGGUCACACAGAAGUCUGUGCAGGAGCUGUGGCUCAGGAAGUAGAGCAGUCAUUUUCCAGGUCAGCAGUUCAAUUCCCGUUCUCCCCAGUCCACAUGUUGAAGUGUCUUUGGGCAAGGCACUGAACCCCAAGUUGCUCCCAAUGGUCAGAGCAUGGACAGCACCACCAUUGGGGUACUAAUAAAAGUGAUUGUCAUGACUGUUGAUCUUACAGACAUCAUGUUGGACCUCUAUGCAUUUAGCACAGUAGUAGAUCUUGUACAAGGCGAGCCACGGGAAAGUAGCCUGCCUCUGGCAAUAGUAUGAACGAGCAAGUGAAUUGUUUUGGGGGUGGGUUACUUUUCCGUGGCCCACCCUGUAGAUGUCUAGUAGAGGUCGUGUAGAACUCAAAAGAGAUCUUAUCGAUCUAAUGGAUUGUGUCGACACACCCGACAAGAUAUCUGCUAGACAUCUAGAAUACAAGAGCUGGGUUGAAAUCUUGCAUGUCAGUAAAGAAAUUUGCAAUAGCCUAGAUCUCCUCAAGAGCUACUAGACUAUACAGAAUCUACAAGUGCUAAAUUUUUCGACAUCCUUACAAAGCACCCUGUAAGAGGAAAGAUCUUACCAUAAUGGUGAGACAUUUUCCACAACUUCUCUCAAACUAAACAGAAGCUUUACAAGGGCCAAGAGAUAUCUACACGUACUGCACGAUCUCAAGAGCUCAGCAGGGUCUGGAUACUGGAUUCUUGAUUUAGCUGACUUCAAAAAGCUGUAUGAGACCCAUAAAACAACAGAGCAUAAAGUAGUCAUACAAGAGAAGUAAAUGAGACCCUCUCAUAUAGACCUCUACAGGACCUAUAUGAGCCCUUCAAAAAGCCCUAAAGAGAUCCCAAAGCUCUACAGAUGCACUAAGUGACUAGGGCGGCAGGAAAUCCUUCACAGUGAUACUCAGUCAGAUCUGUUUAUUUUCUAUGAAUCUGACAUGUGUUUUUAAUAUAUUAUUGUCCUUGUAUAGAGAUAUUGGUAGAGAAAAUAUAUAAAACACUAACUGCCAUGAUAGAGUUUGCUGUUGAUUUUUGUUUUGUCUAAACUUGAUAAAUACUAUGCGACUUUCCUUUGCAAACUAUCCCAAGUGGCUGGGGCAGAAAACAUGAAGGCUUUCUUCCUCAUGUCUAUCCAAACAAUGGGGACAGACAGAAGAUUAUAGAAUAUAAAUAUACUAAUAUCAGAAUCAGAAUACGCUUUACUGGCCAGGUGUGUUGAACACAGAAGGAAUCUGACUCCUGUGCAGUAGUUUUCAAUGUGCAUGUACAGUGUUCUUCCUUAAGGAAGCAAAUAAAC